GUAUAGUUUUCACGAGGUUUGGUAUUUAUCAUAAUUAAUAUUACUGCUAAUAUUAAGGGUGGUGACAGAAUUUUAAAAAACAUCUUAGAAUAAUAUAUUAAUAAUAAUAUAACAGUUUUUGACCGUGCUGGUCACGCGAAACCUUUCUUCCGAACUUGUUUCCGGGGGACUUAUUUUGCACGCUGGAACAAAUCUCCGAAACAGGCAAAAGUUGUCGCAAUGGAGUGACAUUUCUCGUCACCUAUCAAUGCAAACACCAUUCAAUGCAACGCCUUUCGGAUGAAACAACACAGGAAAAAAAUGAUAUUUUGCUACCGAAACUUCCUAAAACGAAACCAUUAGGUUACACGAAGCUCGCGUGACAUUGGCGACCAGUAGUAAGAAAAUGACGUCUCGGUGACUUCCAGUGAAGACAGCCAUGAUGUUUCCCUUAAGGGGGCUUCCCUUGUUUCACCUGACGCGACACCUCCAGGUGGUCUCUCACUCCUUCCACAUCCGCUCUUUGCAAGCCCCACUCCGGCAUGUUCGACAUGGAGCCCCUCGCGCCGGUGGGCUCGUCCUGGUUCCACAUGGCACCGCCGGGACGGUCUUGCCCAAAACUCCUGGCCUCCUUCGGUCCCCUCGAUGUGGGGCUCAGUUCCGUACCUCUACCCGGGUGGAGGCUUUACCAGCUCCUCUGAUAUGGCUGGUGCUCAAGCCUGUACAGAAGCUCAUGGCCAUCAUACUGGGCAGGAGUUUAAGGAAGUGGUGGGUGGGGCUGCCGGACGACCGGCGUCAGCUCUUCCGCCAGUGGGCGUGGCGGCGGCGCUGGCGGCUGGCGGCGGCGGCGGGCGCAGCGGCGGCCAUCACGGCCCUCCUCCUCCUCACGCACCUGGACCAGUCGCCUGUGACUGGACGCACGCGCCUGCUGGUGUUCAACAGGCAGAACUACAUGGAGCUGGCAGCCUUCACCUCGGAGGCGUACAUGGAGGAGUUUGGCGAGCUGCUGCUUCCCGAGAGCGAUGCUCGUCACCAGGCGGUGGAGCGAGUGGUACAGCACCUGGCCCGGCGCAACCAGGACCUCCCCGAAAUGGCCGACGUGGACUGGAGCGUCCACGUGGUGCAGAGCGACAACACCAACGCCUUUGUGCUCCCGAAUGGCAAAGUGUUCAUGUUCACCGGCAUGCUGGAAGCUGUGGCAGAUGUCCACCAGCUCACCAUCGUGCUGGGACACGAAAUGGCUCAUGCCUUACUAGGACACGCCGCGGAGCAGGCCAGCCUGUCCCACGUGGUGGACCUCCUGUCCGUGGUCCUGCUGGCCGCCAUCUGGGCCGUGUGUCCCCGUGACAGCCUGGCGCUGCUGGGUCAGUGGGCCCAGGACAAGCUCACGCAGUUGAUGUUCAACCGUCCCUACAGCAGAAAGCUGGAAGCGGAGGCGGAUGAGGUCGGCUUGCAGUUGGCGGCGAAGGCAUGUGCGGAUGUGCGUGCGGGUCCGGUCUUCUGGCAGCAGAUGGAGAUCAGGGAACAGCUGAGUGGAGAGCCCAGCCUGCCCGAGUGGCUCUCCACGCAUCCGUCGCACAAGAACCGCGUGGCGCAGCUGGACCGCCUCGUGCCGCAAGCUCUGGAGUUGAGGGAGCACUGCGUGUGUCCCGCCCUGCCGCCCACCGACCCCCGCGCCGUCUUCUCCAAGAGCGUGCGCGUGCUGCUGGACGAAGCCAAGGCGGCCCCGCAACCGAGUUCGGGCGGCGCGCGCCUGCCUCAACACGGGCCCGCCGGGGUGGUGGCCCCCGCGGCUCUGCUCGCUCAAUCCGGGCCACCUUUUUCACCCCGCCUGAGCCAGGGGGACAGUAAAGCUUUGGAAGGAGCCGGAGCAGCAGCUGUGCCUCCAGAACGGACUCAAUGAAAGGAGAAGCCUGUGGUACUGAUGCUACUCAGUGAUCCAUACUGUACGGUAGAUAGGGGACCCUCGUUUUAGGGUUAGGAUAGAUGCAGUCCAUCCAAAAAGUUUCCUGUACUACUGAAUUCACUCCUGAGUACCUGAUCCCAGUGGAAAAGCAAAGUUCCCCCAUUAAUAUGUGAGCAAAAACCUUUUUCACGCUUUGGUACUGCAAAAUUGCCAAACAGAGGUGAUGGUUCCCAUUGAAAUGAAUGGAAAUGCAAUUACAGCGCUGCCUUAAAAUAAGUGUGAUCCGACUUAGUCGUUCGGAGCAAGCAAACAUUUGGGCUCUGAGAGCUGGAGGGUGGCAGUGAACUCAACUCACUUCACAACAAGGAGCAGUUUGGCAGAUAGUCAACAAUUCUUCCCAAAAAAAAAGACGCUUCAAGCUGUUUAUUUCCACUGCCACUUCAAGUUUCACGUCAAACUCAACAUAAAACAAAGAGAAUCACACCUUGUGUGUGGAAAAACAACAACAUAGCUUUGCCCUAAUAAAGUCAGUUUAGCUUAAUGCUAACCAACAAUGCAAAAUGCCUUAGACAGGCUAAUGAAUAGCGUCAGCGUCGCAGUCUUAUAACCCUUUAAAGCAACGAAUAUUUGAACACAAACGGUGGGACAACACAUGUAGAUAGACAAUAUAACAAUACUCGCAGGCAUAUACUCUAUUCUUUGCGAAAAAUGAAAAAAAUAUGACAGCAACUUACUGAGUCAGUUGUGAAACUCUUCUUGUGUGUCUCCAUGUCUGUAUUAUACUAUAUUUGUCAGCCAUUCUUGUAGGGUGAAUAGUUUUAUAUAGUGGUUUUACACUUAAAUUGUGAAAUGAAUGUGUUAAAUCAGAACAAUUUUGGCAUCUGGGAUGCACACAGACUACAGAUGACAUACACACACAAACACACACAGUUGCCGGGCGGAUUUCGAGGCCAGAAAUAGAGAAAAGACAACGUGGAAGCGUCUCAAUCGACAAGGAAGCCGGGAAACAAAAGAACAUCCGCCUAUGCUGAGCUGGCAUCGUUUACUUUUAAAUCAAACCCUUGAAUUUGGGAAGGGGGCCCAAAACAAAGCAAAAAGUCUGCACUUGUUAUUCAAAUCUUGUGUUUCUUCUCUCAAGACGCCCACAGUCCCGUCUGGAAUGAUGCAGGGGAACGCUGGCAGCUAUUUCCAGGUAUCGUGAGAACGUGCAGGACACAGCUGCAUUGUGGGAGGCGCCUGCCGUGGCCCGUCAUGCACUCUGACCAAACUUUGACCUCUGCAACUCUUGUUUCUGAAUAUAUUGCAUGUGUGCGUGAAAGUGUGUGUGCAAAACGCUGCGACACAUCAAUUAAAGAUGCAGCAU